CGGUGGAGGCGGCUCCGAUCCCGGCGGGGCUGGAGCCACCCCCGGGAGCCCCGGGCUGCGGGAGGAGCGGGGACAGGCUGGCUGUGGCACCUGCGGGGUCUCUGCGAGCCCGGACAGCCCCGCACAGACGGGCUGUGCGCUGCGUGCCCGAGGCAGAGCCCAGCCCGAGAGGACUCCACCUGCCAGCCCCACCGGGCUGCGGAGUUGGCAGCAGCAGCAGCGAUGGUGCUGCUGCUACGUGAUUUUCCUCUCCUGCCGAGGUUCCCGGCAGUUUGAACUACAAUUUUCAGGAAGCUGAUUCUGCAACUGCAGUGGAAGCAAUCUGAAGGUUUGCAGUGAGCAUCAGCCAGGACCCAAGGACAUUCAAUAACCAGGAAAAUGACUGCCUUUCCCAAGGAAGAAUCAAAGGAGAAACCUUUACUUCUUGUGUAGCUGGAAGGAAAAGCAAUACAAUCUUGCCACCCAGUUAAUUUAAAGGAGCAUUUUUCAAAACACCUCUUGGCUGUGCGGAUCUUGUAAUUCUGACACCAACGUGCCUUUGGACUUGUGCAAAGAAAUCAUUAAAGUAUUGAUUGGGCAAAGUGGACAUUGAUAGAGUGACUCCUGGAGGAUCAUGACAAAGCACUCAGAGAUCAUCAAUUUGUCAUUUUUGUUGGAACAUGAAAGGGAAACAAUAUUGGGAGUAUUGAAGAGAGAUGAGUACUUGAAAAAAGUAGAAGAUAAAAGAAUAAGGAAAUUGAAAAACGAGCUCCUGGAAGUGAGAAGGAAAGGCGGAAACCACCACUCGGAACAGGACAACAGCAGGGUGUGUGUUCGCUGCCAGAAAAGCCUGGGCUUCAUCUUUGACAGGGGAGAGCUGUGCCAGAGCUGCCAGCUGCGAGUGUGCGGCUCCUGCCGCGUGCUGGGAGCGGACGGGCAGUGGAAGUGCUCGGUGUGUGCCAAGAUUGCAGAGCUACGGAUAGUGACAGGAGAAUGGUUUUUUGAAGAGAGAGCAAAGCGCUUCAAACAAUCCAAUCUUGGAACUGAUGUUGUCAGACAGUCAAUCCUUCACAAAUUCCCAGACACAGUUUCCAAUGCAGAUGGUGAAAGAACAUUCAAAGAUCAACCCCAAGAGAAUGAAGAAAAAAAGCCAGAUGUACCAGUCUGCUCCACAAAUGGGCACAAAUCUGUCUUCAGCAGACCUAGAAAGAUUGGCAGGAGGGUUAUCAGGGCAGUUACCAAAGGAGAAAUUACACAUGGAAAAGAUGAAGGUGAAAGGAACAGAGGCUCAGAGGCUGAAAGUCUGCGUGGUGGCAAAUCAGCUCCAUGCUCUGAGAGAGGCAGCACGCUUUCCCUGGGCAGCAGCAGUGCAGGGGCUGCUGCAGGACAUGCCAGGAGCAGAGGCAGCGCUCCCCAGGCUCCGCUCAGCGCGCGCAGCAUGACCACGGACUGCAGCGGGGACACUGGCUUGGAAAACGGUGUGAUUAUCCCAGCAAGUGAAAGUGUACCUGAGGAUUUAGUAAAGAAGCACUGCAGGAAACCAUCUGGAACACCUUCCAUUGCAGUUUCCAGAGUAUCUUUGUCAUCAGACCGCAGCCGAUCCGAGAUAGAUUUGAGUGAAUCUUUCUCUGAAGGAAAUGAGGACACCUUGAGCAUAAGAAGCAAAUCUGUACCUAGUGCCUUAGAUCAGGAACUGGGCUAUCUGGAUGAAACAGAAGAAGAUAUUGAUGACAUAGUGGCCUCUUGUUAUCCAAGAAAACAUGAACAUAUGACAAGUGGAUUAUCAACAAACUCCCCAGAAGGCUCUGACAGAAAAUGGACAUAUUUAAAUGUUCCUGAAGCAGAUGGUGAUACUACGAGCAUUAACAGCAUGAUGAGUGUGUACAGUGAAACUGGUGACUAUGGCAACGUGAAGGUCAGCGGUGAAAUCCUCCUCAAUAUCAACUACAUCUACAAAACAGGUGCCCUCAACAUCCUGGUGAGGGGCUGCAGGAACCUGGCCAUUGCAGACGAGAGGAAGCACAGAACUGACCCAUAUGUCAAAGCCUACCUUCUGCCUGAUAAGUCCCGCCAAAGCAAGCGCAAGACCAAAAUUAAAAGCAACAGCACCAACCCAGAAUUUAAUGAGACACUAAAGUAUGUCAUCAGUCACUCACAGCUGGAAACCAGGACCCUCCAGCUUUCUGUCUGGCACUAUGACAGGUUUGGACGCAACAGCUUCCUUGGGGAAGUGGAAAUUCCGUUUGAUUCCUGGAACUUUGAAAAUCAGGGCGAUGAGUGGUUUGUGCUCCAGCCCAAGGUGGAGAUUGUGACAGAUUUUGGCCUUCAAUACAAAGGAGAAUUGACAGUGGUUUUACGUUAUAUUCCCCCAGACAGAAACCUAAUGCUUCCUCUGGGGCAAUUUCAAGGAAAGAGAGGCUUCAAAAAAGGAAAAAAAGGAGAUUCUUAUCUGCCAUCUGGAGGCAUAUUAGAAGUCCUUAUCAAAGAAGCAAAGAAUUUAACAGCAGUGAAAUCAGGAGGCACAUCUGAUACUUUUGUGAAAGGAUACCUGCUUCCAGAUGACAGCAAAGCUACAAAACACAAAACUCCUAUAGUCAAAAAGAGUGUGAACCCCCAGUGGAAUCACACCUUUGCCUUUAGUGGCUUGAAUUCCAGGGACAUACGGAAUGUCUGCUUGGAACUGACUGUGUGGGACAAGGAGUCACUCUCCAGUAAUAUUUUUCUGGGAGGUGUCCGUUUGAGCACUGGAAAUGGUGUAAGCAAUGGCAAGGAGGUUGACUGGAUGGACUCUCAAGGGGAAGAGCAGCACCUCUGGCAGAAGAUGAUUGACAGUCCGGGAGUUGCAGUGGAAGGAGUGUUAAUGCUGAGGUCCAGCAUGGGCAAACGCAGACUCUGAAAGACUUGAACUACUGGGGGUGCCACAGGUACUCCUGGCUUCAGUGGUGUCCAGGCUCUUGUCACUUUGCCCAUUUGAACAUCAGAAGGGUUGUAGCCUUUGCCUUGGAAAUUAAGGCUCUGAGUGAGAUUUUAAUGCAUUCUGCACUUUCAUGCACGUUUCUUACCCAGGCUUCUUGUGUGAAAUGUUUCUCCCGAAGGCAGUGAGACCUGGACCUUGUACAGAGAUCAGAGUGGCUUUCUCUGUCCCUCCUGCUGGCUGAUGUGCAGCUGAUGAACAUUCUGCCUGAGCGCUGCUCAGAGUGAGCAAUUCUCCCACUGGUCUUUUACUGAGUAAUGCCAGGUUGAUGAAUCUCCUUCUGGCUCAGAGAUGGCCCAGAAAGCAGCAGUGGCACAGCACAAGCAGAUUCAGAGUGAAUCUGUGCUUUGGUGUUUGUAAAUUAAGAAGCCAUAAUGUCAUAAAGGACAACAAACAGUGUUUCUUUAUCAUGUUGGGCUGUGCAGUAGAGCAGCACAACAGGCUUGGGACCAAAACCCAACCAAGCAGGGCCAAUGCAGUGUGUUGCACCCUAGAAACAGGCAGCAGUGAGCUGGUGGGCAGUGCUGGUGUCCCGGCAUCCUCUGGGUAUUUUAAUGCAUGUGUAUAAAAGACAGACUCGGUUCAAUGUAAUCAAAGAGCCUCUAACGAAAAUGAAUCAUAACAAAUCCUCAGUUUCCAGAACUACAUGAUGCUACAGUGCUUUUCAUUCAGCUGACAGCUCUAGCCAAGACCUUCUGCUGUCAUUGAACAGAGGGAGUAUGUCCACAUGCCAGUCCCCAUCUGAUGUGCCACUGAGACCAGACACAUGCCAGGUUUGGACAGAGUUAGCUAAAACUUGAUUCAACAGAUUGUAUAGAACAGAAUGGGAUUAAAGCACACGCCAAAAUGAUUUGCAUAGCUGUAAAAUCUUCUCUGAAUGGGGUGCCAUUCAGGCCCAUGAACAUUAUUUAUAAUCCAAGUAGGACAUUUCUCCUGAACAUCCCCCAGGGGAUUUAGUGAUGAGUGGGUGUUGGCCAAUGCAAUCAUUAAUCUUAUAAACCGUGACAAUUGUUCAACAGUAAUUCUGUGAUUGCUCAAGGUUUAAGACCAAGGAAGAUCAGGAAACUGAGUGAACAGCAUUUCUUCUGAAUUUCCACAAUCAGAACACAGCUUUCUAUUUGCACUGGUACAUACAUCUAUAGCUAUUCCUACAUUUUGAUUUUCCCCCCAAAGUUUAUUGCAAGAAAUUUAGAUUGAACAACAGAAUAUGAACUGAAAGCUAAGCAACUACAGCUGGAGAUUUUGACAUCUGUAGUUGUCCUAGUGCAAAAUUAACUGCAUGUAUUUAGAGCUGAAUUCAAAACCUUAAAAUGUAACAUUAAUUCUAUUCUUUUUAAGAUAUUUUAUUCUGUUUUUUGUUGGAGUGACUGGAAACUGCAGGGAAGUUUACAGCCAGUCUUCUAAAAUAAUAGUAUUAUUGGAUAAAAAAGUAUUUAUUUGUGUUGAAAACAGUGGUUUUAAUAAAAUUAUUUGUUUCUUUAUUCAUAAGUUAUUUCAAAAUUCUGAUAUGACUUUUAAAAGUCCCUGGAGGUACUGCUUGCCCAGUUGGAGACUCACCAUUUUCAGAAACUACCGAGUCAUCUUUGAAAACAAAAAUUCUGUGACAGAAUCUCAGAUUGGGAACCAAACAUCAGUGGUUACUCAAGAAAAGUGACUUUUCCUUCUUUAUCUUUCUUUAUUUUCUUCUGAAAUUCAACUCAAAUUGUGCAGUGAGAGAAGUCUAGUUUGGUUUUUAGCUGACAUUUAAUUUAUCUGGCCAAAAUAAUUCUGUCAUUCAUUCAAUUCUGUGCUGCAGAUGCUGUGAGCUGAUAAAUUAGAGCACAAAUAUCAAGCACACGAAAUUUUAUGACCUUUUUCUUAUCACAAUAGUCUGUCUUUAAGUAUUAAGUUAUUUUUUUAUCAGUAUCUUCCAAAGUGAAACCAAACCUAACUUUUGACACCUAAACUACCUCUCUAACAGAAUUUUUUUGAGUUGUCUUUGUUGUUUGUACUACAAAUCUGAACUUAUUUUGGGAAUAAUAAUGUUACACUGAUGUGUAGGCACAAAAUUCAGGUUUUUUCUUUUCUAGAAGUUGUUUCAAACAGAUAAACUCGUUGAAUCUAAAGAAAAUGGUUCUUUGAGGUAAAAUUCCCAGCUCAGGUCGUAGAGGAACAUUAGUCUGUUUAAUGGUUCGCUUUGAUUAAUUUUGAUGGUGAAAAUGGCAAAAAUAAUAACAAAAAAAUUCCCCCAAGUUGGACCUUGGAAUGGGCAUGUUUUCAUUUGGGAAUGAAAAACUGGGAAAACUUAAAAUAAUUUAAAUUUACUUUUGCAUGGAGCAUAAGCGUUCGCCUAAUUUUUGAAUGGUACUUCCAAACCUUCUGUGCAUGAAGAUUUUAGCUAAACCACAUCUUGCUUUGAAACUAAACAGAUUUGUAUUUUACUGCUUCAACUCCUGCCCAUUUUGGUCCCAAGGUAGAGUUUGAUGAAUGGUCUCAUCUGGGCAGUGUCACCCAGCACACACAUGGGUUUUAAGCUCUGUCUUUUCCUUCCAAAGGGCCAAAAUGUCACUGUGAGCCCACACCUGAAAUUACAGGCUGGGCUGUGAGCAGGCUGAGUUCAGCCUCUGGGAGGAAUUCUGGCCAAGGGGGUGGCCUUUGCUGUUUGUGGGUUUGGGGUAGAACAGGGAAAUCACCUUCUGGGUUGCAGGGACAGCUCUGCAGCACGGUGUUGAUAUAAAAGGUGUCACACUCACCAGAGCCUCGGGGAGAUGACGAGCAUCAGAUAAACACUGGAGCAAAUUGGAAAGUUUUGCUGUUCUCUGAUGCUAUCAGCUCAUUUGUAGGAAUCAUCUGAUUUAUGGAAAAUGUCACAUUUAAUUAUGUCUCUCAUCUCUUUGUUCUCUUCUUCUGUAAAGAUGGUUUAUGGUUUGGAAAAAGCACAAGAUGAUUAACUGCAGAUGUGAUUUCUUCUUUCCCGGAUAUUUGAAUUAAUUGCCCAUAAUUGUGUGUCAUCAUGUACUGUGUGUUACCAGGCUGAACAAAAAAGACAGAAAGCCAGGAAUUAGACCAAAGCUUUCCUUUUCUAUCUGUGUUUAUUGGUAUUGAAGGUGCAUGAAUGGUUUAUUCAAAGCUAAUUUUUAGGAGGAAAUAGCCACGAUUUUAACAUUGAUUCAUAAACUGCUGGUCUGAGUAAACAGAUACGUUUCUGAAGGCUUUUCCUACAGAUCUGAACAACUGAAGCUGCGACAGUGGAGAAGAAAUCUCCUCUGUGGUGGGUGUAGAAAAUGUGUUAUAAAACACAUCUUACUCUGCUACAUAUUUUUCUAGCAAGGUUUGUGAUUAAAUUCUGAGGGUUCAACCCAUUAAAGAAGAAUAAAAGUGCAACUUUUGCUGGAAAAGGUCAAGUUGUGCCAGUAAACAUUUGUACAGACAGCACCAAUAGCUAUCAAAAAGAGCUGAUGCCAAGGGCUUUCCUGCCAACAGAUUUUGGUAUCCAACCCUGCUCUCUGGUGGUUUUGUCUAUCAGCUGUAUGAGGACUUUAGGUUUCUAAACCUUGCGUAUAAAUAAAAUAGAUAAAAUAGAAAUGUCCUUCCUAUCUCCUCUACCUCCACCAUGUUACACUUGAGUGAGAUGAGAGGAAAGCUGCAAAGACUGAGGGCUGCUGUUGCCAUCUUCCUGUGCUAAUCCAAGUGCCACUGCCCUCCUUGGAUGCCUUUCAGAUGCCACAUUUUCAUCCUUUUAUUCCAGCUGUAAUGGUUUAUGAGAGAAAGUACUGGGAUGGUGAGCAUGUUUUGAUCAUGGUACAUUAGACUGGAAGAUUUUUCUUCUGUGCCUCUUACAAUGAAGAUUAUGCUGAGGCAGCAUGAAUGAAGCAUUUUUAUAUAUUAAUUUUUGAUUUUUCUUUUCCUGACUUUGAAACCCUGCUAAAUGCAAUUAUUCUAAGUUCUACUCUGCAAAAUAUCAACUCAACAGCAGAGCAGCCUUUCAGCAUCCACUGGUCUUAAUUGAUAAGGAGAAGGAACAGCAGGGUUGCAUUUUAAUCUGGCAUAAUUUUGACUUCCUGAUGGCUCUGCACAUUGCCCAGCUUCAGGGAUGUAAAGUUUGCAGUUUGCUCUGUAGCAUCAAUGAAGAGAAAAGCUGUGUGGGUCUCUUACACCUUUGGAGAAGAGAUCAGAGUCCUGUUUCCACAGCUGUCUUGUUCGUGGGCUCACACAAGAUGAUAAGAGUUGGACCUGAAUCUUUGCAAGGGUCUCUCUUCCCUUCACACCCCACCUUUGGUUCAGCAGCCCUGACCAGAAGGUUCUCCCUGGACACUGAUCCCCAGUAUCUGGGAGGAGGCAGCAAGCAGGAGUAAUGGGAGAGCCCCACUUAUUUUCCUCCCUGUGAGGUUAAGACUGAAAUUUUCCUUUGCUAACAUACAGUAUUGAUUUUCUUUGACAGAAAAAAAAAAAAGUAUCUUCUGAGAGCUGACCCAUGCACUUUAUAAACUUUUUUUAAAACUAAUUAGUUGCCGUUUUAUUUCUUACCCCCAGAAAUGUUAACAUUUGAGAACCCUAGAGAAAUAAUGGUGAAUUCCAGAACAUGAUGCAGACUUUUAUUUGCAGCAAUGCCCUUUACCAUAGCUCAGCAGGAGAUGCUGAGCAGCACACUAACAGAACCUCACCACUGUGCCCAUGAAUUUCCUCCCUGAUGAUUUCAUGUUUGCAAAUGCUGUUUAAUAAGUGAUAAUAAUACAGUGUUAAUUAUACUGUGUAUAUUGACACUGGACACUGAAUCUCAGCUUGCUUUUUAGGUGAUGUUUUAGGUUGCUUUUGAAACUCACCCUGGCAUCUUGACCUUUUAUUUAGAUUAUUUAUUUCAACAAUUCAACUUUGUGGCAGUAACAUUUACACGUCCGUGUGCUACUGCUCCUGACAGCUCUCUGUAUAUUUCUGAGAAUAGUUCUAAUUGUUGAGGUUUGCCUAAAGCCAAGCACAGUCAUUUGUUGCAGCAAUUAGAAAAUGUCACAUAUCCCUCGUGCUGCCUUUGCUCUGCUUAAAAUCUGUUGCUAGCAAUUUGUUUAAUUAUUCUGGUGGACAUGAACAGCAGUAGCAGCAAAUGGCAUUGCAGUAUGUUAAGCUCUGCCCAAAUUGAGACAAAGCAAUGUUUUCUGCCGAGAACAUUUUUGUACUGUGCAUUGUACAUUGUUUUGUGGACAAAGAUGGCUGGUAAGACAAUUGCAGCUGUUGUCAAGAUUCCUGUUAUGUCUUUUAAAUUAAAAUACUGAAAUGUU